AUGCCAAAUAGAUGGUGGGAAAGAAUUAAAUUAUCCAAAAAUUACAACAAGGCAUUAUCACAAAUUGAUGGACAUUUACAAUAUUGGCAAAAGUUCUUAAUACAUAAAUGUAAACAAAGAUUAACUAGAUUAACUCAAGUUGCAAUCACUGAAAGAAGAUUGGCAUUACAAGAUGAAGAAAGACAUUAUGUUGGUGUUAAACAUAAAGUUAAGAGAAAAGAAGAAAAUAGAGAAAGAAAAGCAUUGGCUGCUGCCAAGAUUGAAAAAGCUAUUGAGAAGGAAUUAUUGGAUAGAUUAAAGAGUGGUGCAUAUGGUGAUAAACCUUUGAAUGUUGAUGAAAAUAUUUGGAAGAAAAUUAUGGGUAAGAUGGAUAAUGAAGAAGAGGAAGAAGAUGAAUUUGAAGAUGAAGAUGAAUUCGAAUUAGAAAGCGGUGAAGAAGAUGAAAGUGAUGUUGGUGAAGUUGAAUAUGUUGAGGAUGAUGGUGAAGAUGAAUUUGUCGAUAUGGAAGAUUUAGAAAGAUGGUUGGAUGAUUCUUCCGAUGAUGAUGAAGAAGAAUCUGAAGAUGAUGAAGAAUCUGAUGAAGAAGAAGGAGAUGGUUCUAAGAAACGUAAGGCAACUUCUGCUGAUGACAAGAAGAAGAAAAGAAGAAGACCAAGAGUGGAAAUUGAAUAUGAAGAAGAGCCUUUACAAACUAAUAUUGCCACUGUUUAA